UGUCGGCCGAGUACGAAACCAACCGUCGUCCGCUUGAAUUUGUGACUUGUCAAUUGUCUAGUCAGUAUUUUGUUGUUGCUGCACCACUAUUAAUUUUUUAAAAGUUGAAUUGAAUUCGCAGUUAUGUGUGCCGGCAGAGUUAAAACAGCACGAGGGACGGGAGACAUUGUAGCCUUCAGUGAAAGUGCAGUACGUAAUAAUGCAGCAGUGGUCGAAUACUGUAGGACAUCAAUGUCAGCUCUCUCAGGUUCGACAGCUGGGAUACUCGGUCUAACCGGAUUUCUAGGAUUCGGCUUCUACCUAUUUGCAGUUUUUGGUUUGUGGUGCCUUCUUUUGUUGAAAGCUGGUGUAAGAUGGGAAAAAUAUUUCACCAACAGAAGAACUCUUUUAACCAAUGGAUUUCUUGGUGGCUUAUUUACCUAUAUUCUCUUUUGGACAUUUUUAUAUGGAAUGGUGCAUGUAUACUAAGAAGUGAUAUAAAGAAAACAUAACAUUUCCUACAACAGUAUUCUUAUGUUUGCUGACUCGUGGCAGAGCAUAUCUAUAUUCAAGUCACAGACUCAAGUUUUUUUUGUCUAAACUGUCACAGCAUGGUGGAAAUGCAUCUUCAUCCCUUAACAUAAGAAUCAUUUGACUUUCCUGGGAUCAAUAUGAGUUUUAACUCUUCAUAAUGUUAAGCUUAUCUAUUUAUGUACUAAUUUCCAUUGUUUAUUAUGUUCUUUCACUUUUGAAGUUAUAAGUGCAGAUGAAAAUUGCCUUAAAAGAAACUAUUAUUUUUAUUUGUGCUCAGCAAUUCAAUUCAUCAAAUCAAAUGUUUCAAUCCUUUUUUUUUAUUAAGUUUUAAUACACAUUUAUAGAACUGAUUUUGAAAUGGUUUCUGUUUCUUUCAGAAACAUCCUUAAAAGCUGAAUUAUUAUUUAACUUUAGAGUAUGCUGUGUUAGUGUUGUGACUUCUCAGCUUGAUGUUAAAAAUUCCCCAGUAGCCCCUACACUUUUGAAUGGGUUUGGCGCCACUAGCGUUGAUUGGGAAUUCUUAGGGAUUGGAAAUCCUUCUAUAAAACAAACCAAAUUCAUUGAAAGAAUCGCUACAGGGUUAUUAAAUUGGAUGGCAAACGAUGGGUUGAAAUAAAAUGUUAAUGAA